AUGACCUCAAAAGCUCUUCUUAAUAAUAUGCUAUUAAUCAAGAAAAGAGAUGCCUCAGUUGACCACCAAAUCAACUCCAGAUUCCAAUAGAAACCAUAGGACAAGCUUAGUUUACCUCAACUUAAGCAAGCUCAGCAAGGAUCUGGUAAAAAUCUCUUACCUUAACCAAAUGGCUUACUUGCACCAAGACAAGCCAUGAACAACAAUAACCAAGUAAAGUACACAAGAUCUAGCAAUCACAGAUCAAUCGAGAGAGCAGCAGUUGCUGUGAAGAAUCAAAAGCAGCAUUCUAGAAUGGGGUCCAUUGAAUACCCCAACAGCAAUCAAAGCACCUAACAUUCAACUGCACAGCUUUCCGCAAUCAGUUCUGGCUUCUUAAACCUUGACAUCAAAGAAAGAAAAUAUGACUUGAUUAGUGACUAUGGCAAGUAAAUUGAUACUUACUUGAAAGAGUUACAAGAUGAAAACUCAAUUGGCGCAAGCCACUUGAGCAAUCAUAAAAUCAACGGUAUUUACAGAGCCAAAAUGGUUGACUGGAUGGUUGAAGUUCUUACUGCAUUCAAGUGCUCAGACUAAACCUUUUUCCUCGCUAUUAACAUCAUGGACAGAUACUUCGAUGCCCUUAACAAAGAUAACAUCGCAUUAGAAUUAACUGAGUUGCACACAACUGGAAUUGUUUGCAUGUUUAUGGCUUCAAAAUAUGAAGACAUCUACCCUUUGUUAAUGAAGACUGUGUAUAGUAAAAUCGGACAUUCAAAAAUUAGCGUUGAUGCUAUCAGAAAUAAAGAGAUGGAAAUUCUAAGAGUACUGAGCUUCCAAAUUGGCAGCUAUCCAACAGUGCUCGAAUUCCAGCAAAGCUACAUCGAACAAGCCUUUAAAAAUCACGAGGACAGAGAUUUCAUCAAGCUAAUGACCAUUUACUUGGGUAAAAUGGCACUCCAUCAUGAAAACCUCUGCACCAAAUAGUCAAAUUUAUUGGCUGCCUCUUCAAUCUAUGUUGCACUUAAAAUUUGUGAGCAAAUGAGACAAAAACCAAUGCUUACAAAGGCAACACUUCAACAAAUCAUAGAUGUUUCAGGCAUCGAAGAGAAAAAAUUGAUUGAAUGCGCUAAGAAAGUACUUUACCUAGCAUAAAACUUUGAGAAAGAGCUUCCGGGUCUACAAAACGUCAAGGAGUGUUACAUUCCACUCCUUAACCAAUUCCUUGAACUCACAGAGGAGAAAUUUUCAAAGCGUCAAUCUUAUUGUGGUUGGCUCUUUAUGAAGAUUCGUCUCCGAAGGGUUCCUGUCUGGCAACUAUUGUUUGAGUGGGCUAGACUACUAAACUUGGUGCGAAAACCUUCAUAGCAAGUAGCAUUUUCAGAAAUCACGAAAAGAAAGACAGAUGAGAAUAUAGAGAAUCAGAAAACUGGAAAGUUUGCCUAUAUUGUACGCUAAUAUAACUAACAAAUCUUUUUCUUUUAUUUUAAAUACUGA